GGCAUGAAUUCUUAUCUGUUCAGUCUGAAGCCUCACUACAGCUGUGUGUAAAUCUCUUUUAUUAUGGCUUUAGUGGAAACACUUCUCCUGAAUGUCUCCAGCACAGGAGCUUUACUCGCUGCUCUUCUGCUGCUUUUGGUUAUUUAUUUCUGCUUCAGGUCUCCAGAAGAUGACCAAGAACCUCCAGGACCCAAACCACUGCCACUCGUGGGAAACCUGCACAUUCUGGACCUUAAACAACUUCAUGUGAGCCUCUGGAAUUUAUCCAAGAAAUAUGGGUCAGUGUUCAAAGUUCAUCUUGGACCCAAAAAGAUUGUGGUUUUGGCCGGAUACAAGACGGUUAAACAAGCACUGGUGAACCAGGCUGAAGAAUUUGGGGAAAGGGACAUCACACGCAUAGUCCAAGACAUCAAUAAAGAACACGGAAUCCUUUUUACGAAUGGUGACACGUGGAAAACCAUGAGAAGAUUUGCUGUCUCAACUCUUCGAGACUUUGGGAUGGGAAAGAAACUGAGCGAAGAGAAAAUCAUUCAGGAGACGCGAUAUCUGCGGGAAGUGUUUGAGAACUUCCAAGGAAAUCCUUUUGAUACAACCCAGCCAGUAAAUUAUGCCGUUUCCAACAUCAUCUCAGCUAUUGUUUAUGGAAAUCGGUUUGAAUAUGAUGACCCAAAGUUUAAAGAAAUGGUUAACAGAGCAAACCAGAUCAUCUUCUUGACCGGCUCUGCUUCCAUACAGAUCUACAACAUAAUACCAGUGCUUGGGCCGUGGUUAAAGACCUGGAAACUGCUAAUGGAAUAUAUCCAGAGCAACCUGGCUGACAUGCAGGUGCUGCUGGAUCGCUUACGGGAGACUUUAAACCCUCUCGACUGCAGAGGAUUCAUUGAUGCCUUCCUCAUCCAAAAACAAAGCUUAGAGGAAUCUGGAGAAAAUGAUUCUCAAUUUAAUGAUCUGAACCUGCUCAUGACUGUGUCCAACCUGUUUGCUGCCGGUACUGACACCACCGGCACAACGCUACGCUGGGGUUUACUGCUCAUGGCCAAAUAUCCUCACAUACAAGAUCGGGUUCAUGAGGAAAUUGACAGGGUGCUUGAUGGACGUGAACCAGUUAUAGAGGACAGGAAGAAUUUACCUUACACAGACGCUGUGAUCCAUGAAAUCCAGAGACUGGCGAGUAUAGCGCCAUUGAGUCUGCCACAUAAAACCAGCUGUGAUGUGAACUUCAAUGGAUAUCUCAUCAAGAAGGCUCGUAUUGGGACGUGUGUUCUGCCACUGCUGUAUUCUGUUUUGAGAGAUGAGAGCGAGUGGGAGACGCCCGACACUUUCAACCCUGAACACUUCCUCAAUGAGAACGGUCAGCUGAUCAAACGUGACGCCUUCAUGCCCUUCUCUGCAGGUCGCAGGAUUUGUUUAGGAGAGGGUUUGGCCAGGAUGGAGCUCUUUCUGUUCUUCACUUCUCUCCUUCAGUAUUUUCACUUCACUCCUCCACCUGGAGUCUCUGAAGAUGAAUUGGAUCUCACACCAGUUGUGGGUAUCGUCUUGAAUCCCUCACCACACAAACUGUGUGCAGUCAGUAGGGCAGAAAAAACAACCUCAAUUCAUAAAUAAAAUACCAGAAUAAAUAGUUAAGUAUAUACCUCAUAAUUGUAAAAACACUUACUGUGUCGUCCAGUGACUUCUUGUUCGAGGGCGCACGUCUUUUUUCUCAUUAACCAUUUCGACACAUGUGCAUCAUAUUUUAAAAUCGCACCCCUCGGAAGAAAAGUCACCAGCUGCCACUGGACUCUUAUAUCACAUUAUAAGACUCUUAGACUAUUAUAUUAUCUCAUUAGCUUUUACACUAUGCAUGUACAUUAUGUGCCUAAACAAAUUCAAUUGUAUUUCAAGUUGGAGUAAAAAUGUAUAUGCUGUAUAAAUAUAUAUAUAUCAUUUAUGCAUUUGACAGAUACUUGUAUGCAAACUGACUUACAGGGCAUUUAAGCUAUACAUUUAUCAGUGUGUGUUCACUGGACAUCAAACCCAUGAUCUUCUUGCUGCUAACCCAAUGCUCUACAAGUUGAGCACAGGAACAUGUUAUUUCUGUAAUG